AUGUCGUGGACCCGUGAACAAGAUUGGGCCAAGUCGUCCUGGGCUAGUUCGUCUUGGGAGAAGAAAGGAUCGUCGGGUUGGAACAACCGUGACUGGCAAAAAUCUCCUCAACAGUCUGUUCCCAGCGCCAAUGUUGCCAUCCCAUCGUCUUUUACCAGUGACUGGGAGUGUUACGACAAGAAUGCUAUUUCUGGCAAGAAGUUCUUUCGUAACAUCCAAUCCACGCCCUGGUCUACGAAAGCUGGACUGGCUGGAAAAGAUGUCGCCGAUCUUCGUGUUUCAGACCUGACGAGAAAAGGUCUUGAUGACUUCAGUCUCCGCUGUUUGUCCAAUGGAGAAUUUCAAAGCUUAGUGUUCGUGAGGUCGAUUUCAGAAGCAGUGUUUGUGACUAACCUGCUUCGUCACAUCCGGCAAGACCGUAUCGAUCUUGAUGCCGUGGCUGCAAAUAUGCACGGCCCAGCUCCGCCUGAUAAGCACAGGGAGUCUGCGAGAUUUAUGCAACCAUUGCUCGGCGAGAUUGUUUCAACAAUCAAAGCCAACUCGCCCCCUUCGGCGGAUUCAAACCAGCCAUCGCCUGAGAGUGAACAGCUUGCUCGUGCGAAGCGAAAGUUGAAGGAAGCUGGGAUUGCUCUUACUCCAGAGAAGAAGCAGGCCAAAACUGGCCCAAAGCCCACCGCUUCACCAUCACCGUCAGCUGAGCAGAUUUUGAAUGCGGAACUCCAGAAUCCGCCGAACUCUGUUCCGAGUUCCAGCUCUCCUGAUGUCGUUGAGAAAUGGCUCAAGAAGCAUCAGAGCCAGUUUCGUGGUCAAGCUGCAGCUUUUAAGAAACAUGUGGCUGAUGUUUGCUCUGUGCUGAAAGAUUCAGCUACUGAUCGACAAAGCCUGGCAGAUCUUGCUAUCAAGUACGGCUUGAAGAAAAGCCAUGCCGGCAAGAUGUCAUUCACCAAUUUGUCUUCGUUCAUUGGUGCAUGUCAGUUUGAAUCAGCUUGA